CGUCCGAUGGAUCGCAUCCACGGCUAUCCUCACCGUCCGUUCGAACUCAUCACCGACGCUAGCGACCUGGCUGUUGGCACAGUACUGUUACAGGACUUCGGCGAAGGCCUUCAACCCAUCGCCUACGAGUCACGAAAGCUGAAUCCGGCCGAGCGAAAUUAUCCCGUCCACGACAAGGAGUUACUCGCCAUCGUUCACGCGUUCAAGGUUUGGCGCUGCUACCUGACGGGCGCUGAUGUGACAGUCCGAACAGACCACAAAUCGCUACAGUUCAUCCGCGCCCAACUGACACUCAACCCCCGACAGAUUCGCUUGCUCGAUUAUCUCGAGUCGAAUUUCCACUACAGAGUCACCUACAAACGAGGGGCCAGCAACAUCGCCGACGCACUGACCCGCCCUUCAGAUCCCCCCUGAGUUUUUCUCUGAUUUUUCAGGGUUGGUCCCAAAAAAAUUCCUCGUGAAUCA